GGCGAUAGACUUUCUUGCCUUUUAUUUUAGAUCACGUAUUCGCUCCGUUCGAUUCUCUUUUUUUUCUACAACCUUCGCUCCAAUCAACCGAAUCGUAUUUGAAAGUCUAUAAUUCAAUCAAACCCCACCGACAAAAUGCUUCCUCAGAACGUUAUCAUCCUGCUCGUGGCAGCCGUCUCCGCCGUCCCACUCAACAUCAACCUUGGCGCAUACUCACCCGCCCUGGUAGUCGGUGAUGGUGAAAUCUCACUGGGAUCGACGGAAAGCGCAUCGCGACUGAUGGAGACACUCGCGUCUGGGGCCGCAGCAAACGGCGGUGAGCAGCAAGGUCAACAAGCUAAAGCCCGCGACAUCGCCGCCCCCGCACCCAACGUCCGAACUAUCGAACACUUCGGCAAGCGUGAAGCUGCCGUAGCCGACGCCAAAGAGACCCUCGCUCUCGCCCAAGAAGCUAUGGCAUGGAUCAAGCGUGAUAUUGCCGGCUUCCGUGAAGCUCUGGGCUACGCCCGCGAAGCGAUGAAGGAUACACCCAAGAUCGAACUCGGUACUCCUGCGUCUGGUGUCGGUAUCACUGUUAAUGCUGGUCUCAACGUCCCUGCCAACUCCGCUGCCAACGGUGCACCAGCAGGUGGUGCUAGGCAGAAGAGGGACAGCCUCGUUGAGGAGGAGUCGGAGGCGCCCAAGAUGACUCUUGUCGCUAUCACCGAGGUCUGAAGUGGAAAAGAGGGGACUUAAUACAACUCUAGGGCACGUGUGGGGACUCAAGAAUG